UUCUUCACUAAAGCGUCAAGACUGCAUCAAAAUCUACUAAACAAGAUAGAAGAUUUUUUUGCUCAAAUCAAGGGCUUGGACAAACGACUAGUAAAAAAAAUUACAAAAAAGCAAAAUUCGAACAGUGAGUGUGAGCAUUUCCCUUCAGAAGAGCACUGCAUCCACCCACUGGUUGAUCUCAAGGACACCACCAAAGAAGUUGUGAUUAAGGUUUGGACUUUAUACAAAGAUGAGAUGGUGGGUGAAAAUGCAGAGUGUGAUACAUCACCUGCUGUCUCAACUGAAGACGAAAAUAUGAUAAUGCAGCUUGAAGCUUAUUUUGCCUCUCCUGAGUCACUUAUUCGAAGACUUGGUGAUGAGGAUUACACUGAUGAAACAGUCCCUUCACCUACAAAGCCUAGUCAGACACUCUCAGAGGAUGGGUUUCAAAGUAAAACUGCAAACCUUGUGAGUGCUCUCAUAUCCAAGGCAGACCCACAAAUGUCUCCCCUAGAGGCUCAGAAUGCUGCUUCUAAUUUAGUCACAGAAGUGACUAAUGUUGUGCAGGAACUUCUGGAAGCCACAGACAUCCCUGAUACUCCAGCAAGCCCAUGCUCUGACAUGAGAGAAUGCAUUGAUAAUGGCAUAGAACCUUCAGAGAGCAUCUCUCAAACAACUGAAGAUGCUGAUGUGAAAAUCUGGUCCAAAACAUGCCAAACCUUCCAGAGGUUCAGGAGAAAAUUAACAAAUAUGUUUGCCAAGCACCACCUCGCACACUCCAAAGCUGAGGACAAAGACAACGAAGAAGCCAUCAACAAGGUGCUUGGUUUUAUUCUGGAAGAACUUGCAUCUGUUGAUUUGGAAGAUUCAGAGGACCUCCACAUGAUUAGAGGUAUAGCCAAUGAAAUAGCAGAUGACAUAGGAGAGGAGGAUGACCAGUCAUCUGCUGAAGCAGCUCCAGUGCCACAUGUUUGUGUUGGCAUGAGUGAUAUGGAGGACAAUGAGUCCUCUCCAAUCUCUUGUGAUUCCAUCAUCAACAUCGUAAACACCAUCUCUGCUGAGCUGGCACAGAGUGACUCUCUCUCACCCACUCAGGAUCUUACUUCAGUGGGGGAAAGGCUGGAACGAUUGCUGUGUAAUGAGAGACUGAGUGCACUCUCCCACACUCUUAGUAGUCUGAUCCACCAUCUUUACAUCAAGGACCAAAAAGGAAUAGCGGCCACAAAGUCUGUCUCUGAUUCACUUCUUUUGAACAUGGGACCGAGUGGAAAAUUCCCCAAAAAAGAUAUCAUCAGACAGUUUGUUCAGAUGUAUGCUGAGGAGACAGUGAAGCAUUUUCUCCUUCCAUGCUUCAACAUUUCAUCACCUUGGAAAAUGGAAGUUGGAGGAGUUUUCCAACAUGCUUCGUCCUCUGCAUCUUGCCCCUGUUUUCUACAUCCUUUGUCUGAAAUAGUACCCCAAGGUGCCUCAAGCUCUCCUCCACAUAUACUGCAGAGCACAUUACAAGAACUUCCCACAGUCAUGGCAAGGAAUGUGAUGAACCUGCUAGUCCCAACUCUGCAAACAACAGGGGGAGGAGAGGAGCAGACAGACCAGCAGCCAUUACCUGAUGGUAUGCGUCUUUUUAGCAGACCUUCUUCAGGUGAUCCAACACAGACUUCAACGAGUGAGGAUAUUGUUAUGGGCUUGUCUUAUCCCUCACUGAACUCGAUGGAUUCCACCACCUCCAAUGAUUUCACCAACUUGGUCUCUAUAUUAGUCGUUAGACUACUUUCCAAGUUGAAGGAUCAAGAGUCACUCACUGAUGAUAUGUUGGACAUAUCUAGAGUGCUAAUUGGCAGGAUAAUCACAGAAAUUGAUUCUGCCCUGGGCAUCGCAAAAAGUAAGAAAAAAUGUCCACAUGAUAUGAGAAUCCGAAAAGUGUUCAGAGUCGUUUACAAUGAUCUCCUGCACGAGUUUGGCAGCAAGGAGAUUCUCCUAAAGUCAAUGAUGUCAGAGGAUCCGUGCUUUGAGAAGUGUCUGGUCACAUCUCUAACACGUGAGUUCACUGAUACGCCAAACUCAAAGGAAGAGAAGAUCAAGAAGCGGACACUUCGGUUCCUACCAAAAAUCUCCAGAAUCAAGGCCUUUUUCGAUAUCAGUCUGAAGAAAUCAGGUAAUAGAAAGGCACAGUCCACCGACAUGGAUCAGAACUUGGAUCCAACCUCUGCUCAUGCUGAUCCAAGCUGCUUACCUUGUGUUUCACCAUAUGCCUCAAGUAACUUGACUACAUCUGCUUCACCAGAGAUGAAACCUCGCAGGGGCUUUUUCUCUAGAAUAAUUUCCUGUUUAUCCAGAAAAUCCACAAAGAUAUGCCCAGAGGCAUUUCAGUAAAUUCCAAUAAACAUAGUUUGCAUGGUUAAAA